GCCGUCGCUCCGACACGUGAGGAAAACACGGGGCUGAGAAUCUAACUCGUCGCUGCCCAGACGCGUUUCGAUAUGUAACAAGGAGUUUACGGGAAUUAACUUAAAGUUUGAAGGUUUGCUACGAGAACUCGGUCCGGAUACACGUCCGCUCGUCCAGCUCCGUUCCCAGGCGAGUUAGCUGCUAGCCGCUAACAGCAUGUCCGACCCGGAGGAGAACUCCGUGGAGCUGCACGGAGACGAGGAGAUCAUUGAAGUUAUAGACCUGAACGAGGCUGAGCCUGCUCCAGAUGAUCUGGCCGAUGAUCUGGAAGACGUUGACUUCGAGGACCCGGGGGUCGAUGACGAGGAAGGCUGGGAGACGGAGGACGAGAUGGAGGCAGAAGCAGGACAGGACGACAGCGAGUUAACCUUCUCCAAACACACAGGCUUGGUGUUCUGUGUGAGCUUGGAUCCGGUGACAAACAGCUUGGCGGUGACGGGAGGCGAGGACGACAAGGCGUUCGUCUGGAAGGUGAGCGACGGGGAGGUCCUGCUGCAGUGCUUAGGUCACAAAGACUCUGUGACGUGCGCUGUGUUCAGCCACGACUCCACGAUGGUGGCUACAGGCGACAUGAGCGGCUUGAUUAAAGUCUGGAAAGUCGAAGCAAAAGAAGAGAUCUGGUCCUUCGAGGUGGGAGAUCUGGAGUGGCUGGAGUGGCACCCCUGCGCUCCGGUGCUGCUCGCGGGAACAAACGACGGCAGCGUGUGGAUGUGGAAGAUCCCCGCGGGAGACUGCAAAACCUUCCAGAGUCCCGGCUGUCAGGCCACCAGUGGCAAAGUCCUGCCCGACGGCAAACGGGCCGCGGUGGGCUAUGAAGACGGGACGGUGCGCGUGUGGGACCUGAAGCAGGGGAACGCCGUCCACAUCAUUAAAGGUCAGGACGGCCACCAGGGGGCGCUGACGUGCUUGGCCUGCAACAAGGACGGCUCUCUGGUGCUGACUGGCUCUGUGGACGGCAGUGCCAAACUCAUCAACACCAACACGGGCAAGGUGGUGGGAACGUUCGCCGCGGAAUCGGAUAAAGUCACGCUGUCAUCGGACGAGACAGCAUCCAACUCCGUGGAGUCUGUGGGAUUCUGCAACAUCCUGCCCCUCAUCGCCGUGGGCUUCCUGGACGGGACCCUGGCCAUAUACGACCUCUCCUCUCAGGGCCUGAGGCACAGCUGUCAGCAUGAGGCCGGGAUCGCUCACCUGCAGUGGGAGGAGUCGUCCGCCGUGGUGUCCACCGGCAGCCUGGACGGCGUGCUGCGCCUGUGGGACGGCCGCUCGGGGAGCAUGGUGUCGGAGUACCGCGGCCACGCGGCAGAGAUCCUGGACUUCACCGUCAACAGGGAAGCGUCGUUCGCCGUCACCGCCGCAGGAGAUUAUCACGCCAAAGUGUUCUGCCUCCAACGGCCCGACCGGUAAAGGAAACGAGGAGAGGAAGAGGAACGUUUUCAACCUUGGACGCAGUUUUCAGUGACUCUGAGCAGUGUUGUUCUGUUAACGGACACCCAAAACACAACAAAACUUUUGCGUUUUCACCAGAGACGCCCGUCGUGUGAACGGGCCGAUAUCUUCCCCCUUUUUGAAAUCAUUUCACAGAUUAAACGAAAUGGAGCAUUUUCUGUAAUUGUCGAAGUUUGAUGGAAACACGUUGUAAAUAAAAUAAAUAAUAUACACUGUCCAGG